AUGGCCGGUCUCCGCUGCCAUCCCGAUAUCCUAUUUGUUUGUAAUUUGCUUGCUCCUUCAUGCAAUCUCACUACCACCUCCACAAGUCUGCCAUCAACACCUCAUUUCUCUUCCUUCCGGUUAUGGAAGAUGGGGGAUCGGUCAUUACGAGCGCAUUCCGGUCUCGAAAGCACAAAAAAGAGCCAUUUCGCACAUAGGGCUGACUCACUUUUUCAGAACUCGACCCUAGCCAAAAUAGCGUUGAUUCAUUUUCUCGCUAGGCACCGGCGGCUCCGAAGGAGCAGAAAAGUCGACUCCACCAUAGAGUGGAAAAGGGAAAUUUCAAAGCGAAUAAAUGUUAAGCCAAAAAACACGAGAAAUGGGGGGCCAGACGUCGAUCCAUACAGAAAAGCCGCUCCGGUCACUUUAGAUUCCCUGAUUAUUUCGGAGGCUACGGCAGGCAAAGAGGUUUUAUUGAAGGCUGCUGCUCUUGCGUUGACUGCAUAUGUGAAUGUUUCAGAUUACCUAAAGGAGUAUGUGAUGGAACAAUUUCAUUGCCUUGCGCUGGAAGUUGUGAGAAAGGGGCCCGGCCGGCAAGAAGAGAUCCCUUCCGCCCUAUUCAGAGAUGGGGAGGAAGCGAAGCUACUUGUUGAAGCCUUGGGCUGA